CAUGAUAAAUUUGAUGUCCGUUUUCUGCUCCCUAUUCAAUCUCUUGUGACACUAAAAUAAAACACAUUUGGUAAAAAAAGGGCUGCUCCUCAAGAACCCCUUCUUAAGAGUCACUUCUCUCUUGCACCUUUUCUUUCUUUUCUUUUCUUUUUUUUCCCCUAAGAGGAGGUGGAAUACAACGAACCCUUAUCCCAUUUAUAAAUAUAAGUGCUAGGGUUAGGGUUAGGCACCACUAUGGAAUCGAUUAUGCACCAUAUAUAAUAGUACAUAUACACAACCUAUAGCUACAUAUAUAUACAUGCAUAUAUAUAUAUAUAUAUGCGUGUGUGUGUGUGUGCACAUACACAUUUCCAUACUGAUCAUAUAGCUAUAGCUUAGCCUUUUUUCUUUUAAUUACUUACUUUCUCGUUGGAUGAGCUAUAUAGGGCAAGAAGCUUAGAAAAAAAAUCCAAACCAACCAAAUUAAACCUACCUAGAUCGAUUUCUUUUAUUCAAUUUUAGGAUGAAGAAACGGCAAGUUGUGGUGAAAAGAGACAAGUCAAGUGGUACUAGUACUAUUUCUUCUUCGGUUGUGAGAAGUACCGUAAGGUAUGGUGAGUGCCAGAAGAAUCACGCCGCCAAUAUAGGUGGCUACGCCGUCGAUGGCUGCCGGGAAUUCAUGGCCAGCGGAGAGGAAGGGAGCACCGGGGCGCUUUCCUGUGCCGCCUGCGGCUGCCACCGGAAUUUUCACAGAAGGGAAGAGGAAAACGAGGUCGUUUGUGAGUAUUCUCCGGCUCAAUAAUUCUUCUCACCGGUAGUAAUUAAUUAAUUCUACCAAGUGUGAAUAGUUAUUUUUCGGAAAAAAAAUGAACAAGAAGAUGAAUGUCUUACUUUUUCUCGUUCUUUUUUCUUUUUCUUUUUCUUUUUUUCCCGUGUGUGAAAAGUUCUAAACUGAUCGGUAUUGCCGAUUAUGAAGUGUUGUUGUAAAUUAUAUAUGAUCAUCAAACAGAAUACAAACUCUCAAAAUAGAAAAUCAAAAUUUGAUUUCUGA